AUGUUCUGCCUCACCUUGGGCCCUGAGAUCUGGAGUUGGCCAUCUAUGGGCUGAGAGCUCUGAAACCCUGAGAAAUACAGCUGAGAGCUCACUCAGGGGUGCAGUGGACUGGGGAGCUGCAGAUCCUCAGUGGGACUCUGACCCAAGCACCAGCUGCUACCUGCAUCCUCACCAGGAGCAACUCUGCCAGAGGACAGUCAAGGGGAAAGUUACUUUGAAUUCUUCUACCCCUCCACUAGUUUAGGGUUUGAGGAGCCUGUCUCCUUUUAUCUCAUGCAGACGUCAUCCUUUCACAACCAUUCCUGGGUACAUGUGGGCUCAGGCUGGUUGGGGGAGCUGCAGACUCACAGAUGGAACAGCAGCUCGGGUACCAUCAUUUUCCUGUAUCCCUGGUCCAGGGGCAACAUCAGUAAUAAGGAGUGGAUGGAUCUGGAAAGGUUGUACCAGUCAUACUUUAUUGAACAUCAAGGAUUUUACCUUUCUCAAUUAAUGUUUAAAGAUCCCUUUGAUAUACAGAUGGCAGCAGGCUGUGAACGGCACUCUGGGAAGGGCUUCCUAGGCUUGAAGCAUGUAGCUAUCCAAGGACAUGACUUCAUGAGCUUCCAGAAUAAAACAUGGUCACCAUCUCCCAAGGGUGGAAUAAAGGCCCAGAAAGCCUGCAAUAUACUCAAUCUGAACCAAGUCCUUACACAUAUGGCACAUAGGCUCCUCAGUGACACCUGCCCCCGUUUCACCUUGGGUCUUCUUGAUGCAGGGAAGGCUCAUCUCCAACGACAAGUGAAGCCUGAGGCCUGGCUGUCCAGUGGCCCCAGUCCUGGGCCUGGCCGUCUGCUGCUGGUGUGCCAUGUGUCUGGCUUCUACCCAAAGCCCAUGUGGGUGAUGUGGAUGCGAGGGGAGCAGGAGCAGCAGGGCACUCAGAGAGGUGACAUCCUGCCCAAUGCAGAUGGGACAUGGCAUCUCCAAGCAACCCUGGAUGUGGCAGCUGGGGAGGCGGCUGGCCUGGCCUGCAGGGUGAAGCACAGCAGCCUAGGAGGGCAGGACCUUGUCCUCUACUGGGCACCUCAUAGUGCCCUGGGCUGGAUCCUCUUGGUGGUGAUAGUGGCCCUGGCUCUUCUGAUAGGUCUUGGAUUUUGGUUUAGGAAACGCUGGACCCACUGUGAAGCUCUCUGCAUUUUUGGCCCUCUGAAGUGAGGACCCAGCUACCCAGGUGACCAGUCUACACCUGAACACCACAGGGAUUUGUAGUUCUGACGUGGCUUCUGUGGCUUCAACUCUGAAUGGAACAGGAUGUCAGCAGUGUCAGCCUGGUUAGAUAAAAUGGAUCAUCAGAUGCAUUUCAGCUGUCAUAUCCUCCAGGGGUCCUUUCUUAAUCCACAGUGGGAAGCCAUCUCUCCUCCAUCUGUACUUCCCGAUUUCAACUGUGCCCUUCACUGCCUAGCAUCUGUGGCAGGUGUGUAGGUUCAUUUCUUCUUUUAAGUUUUUAAAGUUUAAAGCAAAGCACGUGCUUUUUGAGUAUCUGAAUCCCUGGUGAAAUGUCUGGCCUUAAUAUAACAUGUUUUCAAUAAAACCUGUAUUGAAUUAUG